CGCGGCUGCUGCUGUGGUGUAGACUCUAUGGUGGUCCUCGGGCCGGAAGUCCGCCUCCGAACUCGCCUUGACGGGAGAAGCGGCGGUGCGGGAGCGGAGAAGGGAAGGGCGGCGAAGGGAAGGGCGGCACGGGGGGCGCCCCCCGCCCUCGGGGCAGCAGAGAAUGCUAUGAGGAAUUUACAGUAACAUCUCUUGGGACUAAUUUGUCUGGAAUCGCUGCUCUUUAAAGUUGCUUUGACACUAGAAAAAACCCCGCUGCAAAACGGCUUGAGUUUACAAGGUAAUGGGCUCAGAGAACAGCGCUUUAAAGCGUGAUGCGUUGCAAGAGCCUCCAUUUACUUUACCCUCUGGAGUCAAUAUUUACCCAGCAGUACUGCAGCGUGGCAAACUUGCUUCUGUCUUUGUAUACAAGAGAGAAAAUGAAGACAAUGUUAACAAAGCUGCCAAGCACCUGAAAACUUUACGCCACCCAUGCCUCCUGCGCUUCCUUUCUUGUACUGUGGAAACAGAUGGAAUCCACCUGGUUACAGAGCGUGUUCAGCCACUGGAGAAAGUACUGGAGACCCUCUCCUCUCCAGAGAUAUGCGCUGGUAUCUAUGAUGUUUUGCAGGCUCUUGUCUUCCUCCAUGAUAGGGGACACCUGACACACAACAAUGUUUGCUUAUCUUCUGUAUUUGUGAGUGAAGAUGGGCACUGGAAGCUAGGAGGCAUGGAAACUGUCUGCAACCAGAAUGAAGCAACAGCAGAGUUCCUGAAUAGUAUCAAGUCAAUACGGGAGAAGACUGGCAUUCCACCUGAAGAACUGUCUGACGACUUCCAACUUCUUCCUGACGGCCAAGGGCAUUCCCGUGAUGUCUACUCAUUUGGUGUAAUGGUUGAAAACCUGCUGACUUAUUUAAAUGAAGAGGUUUCAGAGGACGUUAUAUCCAGCUUUCACCACACCUUACGGUCUACUUUGCUAAACCCAGAUUUUAUGGGCCGCUCUCGACUGUCCAGUUUAUUGCAGCACGAAUUCUUCAGAAAUGAUUUUCUGGAAGUUGUGAGCUUUCUGAACAGUCUAACACUGAAAACGGAAGAGGAGAAAACUGAAUUUUUCAAAUUCCUGCUGGACAGAGUGGCUGGCUUGUCAGAAAAGUUGAUCGCUUUGCGGUUGGUACCUCUGUUGCUCAAUCAGCUGGUGUUUGCUGAGCCAGUAGCUGUCAAGAGUUUCCUUCCCCAUCUCCUUGGUCCAAGAAAAGAUAAAGUGGGCGAGAGCCAAAUCAAUGGCCUGCUGUCUCCGGCCGUGUUCCAGGCGCACGUCAGCCCCGUGCUGCUGAAACUGUUUGAGGUGCAUGAAGAGCACGUUCGGAUGGUAUUGCUGUCUCACCUAGAUGCCUACGCAGAGCUGUUCACUCAGAAAGAGCUGAAAAAUGUAAUAUUGCCACAGGUUUUACUGGGGCUGCGAGAUACCAGCGACUCUCUGGUGGCUGCAACGCUGCAAAGCUUAGGGGUGCUGGUUUCACUGCUCGGACCAGAAGUUGUUGUGGGAGGCGACAGGACAAAGAUCUUCAAAAGCUCAGCUCCAAGCUUCACGAAAACCACAGACCUUUCCCCAGAAGACUCUCCUAAUCAUGUAGUAAGUUGCGAGAGAAGGCUGAUUUAUCAGCCCCUGCAGAAGAAUAACUCCAUGUUUCUCAAGUACCCCAGCUCUGGGAAUCUUCCCUUCAGCAGCAGGAACCAUGUGCCAAGGCAAGAGUCCAAUGUCGCCUUAAGGGAAGGAGAACAAGACUCUCUGCACUUAAGCAGUGUUCCCGGUGGACUAAAUAUAUUGAGGAAUGGUGGAAAUUAUCAGCAUGCAGUUGAGAAGAUAGGAGAGGAAUGGCCAGACUGGAGCGAGGGUGAAAAGCCAGAGGCUGACAAAAGUGUAGAGAGCCAAAGGAAAGAGUUUUGUGUGAACAGCAGUCCCUGUCUUGCUGGUCACGAUGUAGACGACAAAUCUUGGGACGGUGCAGCUGACAGCCGUAACUUUAAACUCUCCUCAGGAAACAGCCUCACUGCUGUAGGGUUAAAUGACGUCGCAAAGCUGCAGCUGCCUCCAACGAUGUUUGAGCUCAGAAAAGAAUUCAGAACUCUCAAAUGUAAUCCAUCUCCGGGACCCAGCAUCAAUAGUGGCAGCUACGGCCACAGGGACCACCAGCAAGACGAAAUCGGUUUGCCCAAAGCGGCGCUUUUAGAGAAGCCUCCCAAGUUGGAAUGUGGUUUAGGGGAGGAGUAUAUGAUCCAGGUGAAGAGGAAAGAGUUGCAUGACACAGAGCUGGACUGGUUUGCUGACAUGGUCCCGGACAUCAAACCUCCGUCAGCACUACUGAUUCUGCCAGAGCUGGGGCCCCAUCCUGUCAUUCAGAACAACUUGAACACAGUCUCCGGCAGCGAAUGCGAUGCACAGUUCUCUUCUAAGUUUGCAGCAGCUGAAAUUACAGAGGUGGAUGUUGGCUGGGAACAAGAUGAGCUGAACUGGGAAGAUGAUGCCAACUGGUGACAGAUAAAAGACCUUGAGCUAUGUUUUGAGUUAGAUAGCUGCUUCUGCAAUGCCCUGGACAAGUCUUGCCCCUCCACAGGCACCAAGGCCUCAAAGGUAUCUUCAGAGUCCGUUCAGGUGCUUGCCUUUUUCACCUGCAGCAUUUAGGCCACAUGACAACUCAUGCAUGCAGCCCUGUGCGCUUGGAAAGAGGGAUGGGCUGUGUGGUCUGAUUUUUUUCCACCAACAGUUACCGUUAUGGAAAACUAGGAAAAAUAAAUGGACAAUUCACUGGUUAAA